AAUAAAAAGUAACACACCCAAUUCAUCAUUUCACACAUAAUCCAUCAAACAAAUUCAUAUAAAAUCAAUCAAAUAAAAUAAAAUCAAAGUUGGAUCAAAACGGGAAACACCAAAUCAACACGCAGUCGUAGCCGUAAAUCGGCCAUGUCUGCAUCAUCCACCAAAACCUCAAAAUCACCACCAUCUCCAUCUCCAUCUCCGUCAUCAUUUUCUUUUGAUAUGUCAACUGGGUUUCCUUCAAAACCGAUUCUUAAGCCUGAACAAAUCGGUUUCUGUGUUCAAGCUCUCACCUUUUUUAAAUCCAAACAACACCAACAAAACCCUCAUCACUUUUCACUUAUUGAACAAGAGUUUUCUAUUUUGCAGGAUCAUAGGAUGAGAGUAUCAGAAGUUAAUACUAACUGUUCGGUGGCUAAACUGCAUGUUAACUGUAGAAAAAACCGCUACUCAGAUGUUGUACCAUUUGAUGCAAAUAGAGUUGUUCUUGAUCCAUGCAAAGAUCACAGACCAUCAGCAAUGGGAUACAUUAAUGCUAGUUAUAUCACAGCAGAGGCUAAUCCAUCUGAAAGUGUAUCUCGGUUCAUAGCCACUCAAGGUCCCCUUACUGAAACCUUUGAAGAUUUCUGGGAAAUGGUACUGCAGAAUAACUGCCCAGCAGUUGUAAUGCUCACUAAGCUAGUUGAUCACCACAGGAUCCAAAAGUGCGGAGACUAUUUUCAAGCUGAGAACGGUCCAAGAUUAUUUGGUGAUAUAUCUACGGUUACCAAAACCAUAACUACAACUGAUAGCUCACUAGUGUUACGCCACAUGGAAGUGAACCGUGAAGAGUUAGAGGAUCCUCCUCUACCUGUUUUGCAUAUUCAAUAUCCCGAAUGGCCAGAUCAUGGUGUUCCAUAUGAUACCUUGGCUGUUAGAGAUAUUUUUAGAAGAUUAUGUCAUCUGCCAUCAUCCAAAGGACCAAUUGUGGUGCAUUGCAGUGCAGGUAUUGGUAGAACCGGAACAUAUUGUGCAAUACAUAACACCAUUCAAAGAAUUCUAAUCGGUGAUAUGACUGCUCUAGAUCUUGUUAAAACCAUAAGCACUUUCAGGUCGCAGAGGAUGGGGAUGGUCCAAACAUUGGAUCAGUACGUCUUCUGCUAUGAAGCGAUUAUUGAUGAACUCCAAGACCUUAUCUCAGAUUCCAAAGUUCCGGACACCUUAAAAUGAUUGGCGAGACUUGAUCUUAUACUGCUUGUGAAGAACCCAAACUCUAUUAUUACAUUUUUUCACCAAUUCAGAGUUAACUGCAAAGUUCGAUAGCACCAUUGUUCAGGUGUAAGGCAAUGUGUAUUCUUUGCUCUCCAGUGACAUGCCAUUUUUAAUGCUCUUGCCCUAGGAUCUAAUUUGUGUUAAUUAGGUGUGUGAUUAUUGAUGGUAUAAAUUUGAUUCUAAUUGUGCUUGGUCUUUUCUGUCGAUAAAUUUUAACUCUCUUGGAAUGUUAGGAGUUUGUAGUCAUCAUGUGCAAUA